CGACUGGGCUCUUCCCUGCCUUCGCCCACUUUAGUUCGCCCCUCUCCCCCGUCUCUUCUGUUUAGUUCCUCUUCUCCUUCUUCCUUCUCUCUUCUCUCUCCAACUUUCAAUCCAACCUUCACCCCCUUUCACCCCCUCCUCCCUCCCUCUCCCUACCUUUUGGGAUCUCUCAAAAAAAGAAAAGCAGGAAUAAAGUGGAUCUAACAGUGCGACCGCGCUGAAUAUCAACCCAAGAGGAUCUCACCCCCCUCCUCCUGCCGCCUCUCCUCCAACCUGUCCUCUUCGGAUCACCGAGCCUGCAAGACUUAAUUCAGUCGCUUGGCUUAUUGUGAACAUCCACGGAUUCUUUCGAUUUGCCCAGGACAUAUUCUUUGUUUGCCGGAUCAACCAGAACCCAAGGAUCUCCAGGAUUUUCCGGACGUGUUUUUGUCUUACCCGUUGGACGCCAUCUACUAUCCCGACCAGGACUACCAGGACUAUUCCCAGGACUUUUAUAUUCUACUGGCCAUUCUCCCGGGACUGCUCUUCACGUUCAUCAGGACUCAAAGCCAAAAGAAAUCCUCUGAUUCAUCUAAAGUGGUGAAGGAUUUCGACUGUGGAUUCUGUUUUCUUGCACCGGUCGCCUCAUAGAACACCCUGUACUUUUCAAUAUAACCCAAGGACACGAAACAUUUCACUAUCCGCCAAUUUCUAUCAUCUGCCAUCUUCCCCAGGGACUUUUCUUUCAGCACUGCCCGGAUUUUUUUUAUUUUCUUCUCUUGGCCCGUCGGAAUUAAAAUCCCACUUCUGAGGACCUUUCACCUGGACAAUACCUUCAGGACCCAUAAUGACAGGCCGUCAAAAUGAAUACUUCAUCCCCGGCGAUGGGAUCAGCCGAGAAGUGAUCCAAGCAGAUAUCUGCCGCUAUCUUGGAAACGAUGCGCUCGUGAGACCUGGCAACCAUAGUGGCCGCCAGGGAUUCUUCAUCCGUGCUUAUCGGAAUCUCACCUCGGAGAUGAUUGCUGAUCUGAAGGCUGACUCCGCCCGUUGGGAAGCGGAUGUCUCGCGUCGGGCUGACCUAGGCUAUCCGAGAGGUAGUUACAUUCAAGAUGUGAGCCCAUCUCAUGCCCCUAACACUGUCUCAGCAAACUAUGCUACAUCGGCCAUCCAUGAGGUUCGCCAACAACAGGGGCCUUCCCCUACCACAUACAGCGCGGCUCCGGCACAGCCCUACAUGGACCCUUAUUCCCAAAGUCCGUACAGCGGAUCCCAGACUGCUCCUUACCCAAACCCUUCUUACACAUCUACCCACUCCCCCUACGGACAAGGCCAGGCUCCGUACCCUCCACCCCAAGUCACCUACUCUGGCGCCCAGCAACCGGUCGUGACCACGGCGGACAUUCACCCUUCUUCUUACACCUACUCGGCCACUGGCCCAGCCUAUGGAGGUUACGAAGGUGCUCCCCGCAAUGCUCCCAGAUACCCGGGACCUGGUUAUGAUGCCGACCCGGACUAUUCUCCCGUGACCUCGGGGAUAGCAUACCCUGCUUCAACUUCUGCCGCGGAUUCCCGGAUGUCCGGUUCAAUGGAGCCCAGAUACACCCCGGAAUAUGAGCGCAGUAGGCCUCAACCAACCCGGGAAAGGGAUCCGCACCGCGGACGGCGGUAAAUUUCAGAACAAGAAACAUGGCAGUCUUGCGCAUGCAUGAUAUGAUGACCUUUUUCUUGCAUUCUCCCCACCUCCCUCUUUUCUUCCCUUUCCAAUGUGGCCCUCUCGAUGAAUUUCUUUUCUUCCGAUCGGACGACCCAAGAUGUACAUCCUGGGACAUAAUGAUGUCGACGAAAAUUCCUUUUAAAAAUAUCUUGCUGGACAACCCUCUCCGCUUUCUUAAUUUUGUCGGCCAUGUCAUUAUCGUGUCUUUUCUCAACCUUAUGAAGAACUUCCAUUCUCCGGAGAAUUUCCAGAUUGGGCCACAGGUCAUCCACAGUCCCAUGAUUUCAUGGCCCCUCGGGAGCAUACUCCUUCGAUCCGUCGGACAUACCAUAUUUCCACUUGGUCACGGACUGGAUAUCCCUGUGAUGGAAACAUCUGGCCUUGGCUCUCUUGAGUCCUCUCAUCGAACCCUCGGGAACUUUCCUCUGUUAAUUACCAUGCACUAUCGUGCAACUGGCCGGUUAGGAGUAGGAGCAUUAUGCGUUGAUACGGGUUCUUUGACGAAAACGGCGGCUUUCGUUUUCUUGGAUUUGAGCCCUUUGUCCCGGCUCUAAUCACCACCCAUUCCAGAUAUACUCGCCGUCUUCGGGAUUUUCCAUGUUUCUUUUGCCUCGGGUUUGCUUUAUAUGUGAAACGGUGUACAGGAUUAUAUUGUGUGUUUAGCAUUGGUUUUGAUCUUCGAUUUCUUUCUCUUUUUCCUUUCUCAUCUGUCUCCUUUUUCUUUUUCUCUUUUUUUUUGAUCUGGGGACUACCCUCGGUCAGGGCACUGGGGUUGGUUUUGGCUUCCUUUUUUCUUCAUUUCCUUCCGCGGGUUGUUGGGAGAGACUGCUUUCAUAAAGCGAUGCUGAUGAACUGAACUACAUGUAGAUAUGAGCAUAUACGGCGUUAUUCCGUCUUGUGGUUGACGCUUGGGGCUUUUUUUGGAUGAUUGGUUCUAUCACCUUAAUGGAAUCACACCUUGGAGUGUUCACUCUGCUCGGUUCAUGUCUUUGGAGAAAUUAGCAUACCUAUAGAUUGGGCCUCGCUCUGGUCUAACACCUAAUUUACUCAAUCAUGUGCAAGUCCUUAGGUUUAGC